GCCUCCUGUAACCAGGAAGUUUCUUCGAUUUCUUCGUGAAGUUUUCCUUGUUUUUUCGAUGAUUGGCGCCGAGUUUUCGGCGGAUUUUACUUACUUUUAAAAGACAAAUCUGGUACAAAGUAAUCUCUAUGUAAGGUAGGUUCAGGAAACGUGUUUUUCAUCAAAUAGUUCUUCAAUAUGUUUGUGUUUGGGCGAAUCGCCGGAUCUGUGUUUUCCUUUUCGGUCGGACGAUGCUCGCAAACAGUCGUAAGACGGCAACUCAGGUCUACAGCAAACCCAAAACUACCUCAGAACCUCAAGACAAGCCCAGGGAGAUUUUCACAGCUGCGGAGUGCAGAUGGCAUCGGCACAGGUGUAUCAGGUGGCUCCAGGUGCUUCCACACCUCUCGCAGGUGCUCGGCCCCGCCCCUUCUAUGGCUGCUCUUCAAACCGAUCGCCAAAAUUUCUGCGGUCAUCAGUGGAAGGGUGUUCAGGCAGUGGUGGAAGGUUCUACCUAAGGAAAAACGGGGGGACAUCUUCGCCGGCCACUUGAGGAGACACUAUGGGAAGUACCUGGGGAUGGCAGCUGUUGUCAGUGGCACGGUUACUGUGUACUACUUCACUCACCUGCAGUACACACCCAUCACCAACAGGGAGCGCUUCAUCGCAUUCACACCAAACCAGUUCAGCAGUAUUGCAGAUGUGGAGUAUAACAUGCAUUUACAGGAUUUUGGAGAGGACCUGGUGGGCCCUGACCAUCCUGGGUACAAACUGGUGGCCAACGUCACCAACUGGCUGGUCCAGAACAACCAGGACAUUCCACAGGUCAGAGACAUCACAUGGACGGUUCACGUGGUCAAUCAGCCAAUCAAGAACGCUUUCGUACUGCCGCAUGGGCAGAUCUUCGUGUUUGCAGGGAUGCUGGAAACUGUUUCCAAUCCUCACCAGCUGGGGAUUAUCCUAGGCCAUGAGAUGGCUCAUGCCAUCCUGGGACACGCUGCAGAGCAGGUGAGCUUCCUACAGCUGGUGGACUGCCUGUCCAUCUGUGUUGUGGCUGCCAUCUGGGCCCUCUUCCCCUCCGACUGGAUGGCCCUGCUGUCACACUGGCUACAGAACAAGUUUGCAAAACUGCUGCUAGAGAUGCCGUACAGCCGCAUGUUGGAGACAGAAGCAGACGAAGUUGGUCUUCAGCUGGCUGCAAAGGCCUGUUUUGAUGUCCGUGAGAGUGCUGCAUUCUGGGAACGGAUGGCCCUUCAGGAUGACAUGGAGGAAAAGUUGGACCUGGACUGGCUGUCCACACAUCCCAGCCAUGAUCAGAGGGCACAGCAUCUGGAACAACUGCUGCCACAGGCCAUAGAGUUGAGGAAGUCCUGCCAAUGCUUGCCGUUGAGUACUGAAAACCCUCUGCUUCCCUUCCGCGCAUUAAGAGAGGGUCUGAAGACGGGUGAAAUCCAGACUGCCAAAGUUCUUGUCAAGGUUCCGCAGCCUCCGCCACAAAAGAGCAGUACACCAGGAGGGCCAGUUGUCACACACAGCCUGACUGAUGAAAAAUAGUGUAAUGAAGAAAUCGGGAAUUUCGAACUUCGGGGAAGUUUCUUGGGUUUUCGUGAAUGUAUGGGAACUGUUAAGGGGAUUUUCAAAGACAAUUCAAACUUGUUGAGGGGAUUGUAUGAUGUAAUGUCAGUGGGCAUUACACCACUGAAUUUUUACACACACUCAUACCCGGCCUUCUGCCUUCCUGUCAUGUGGUCUGGUACCCAAACAUACAAAUAUCCCCUAAGCCGGCACCAUCCAAAACAUUUAUUCCAUCACACAAGUAAUCACAAAUAACCCACUUGUGCUGUAUGAUAUGUAUUUUCAAAUCUUCUCAGAAGCUGCUAUCUUUCAUGGAUUUACUGUGUGCUAUCGACGUUCAAUUACAUGAUAUAUUUAACUAUACAAUAAUUUGUAUGAUCUGAUGAAGAGUGGAUACAUGUAGUAGCUUUUAGAGUUGAACUUGUGCAUAAUCAUGUUAAGGUUUAAUUUAAGAAUAAUUAAGAAAACACUGUGUACAAAUGAACUUGAGUAUUGUGUUACAUAAGGCAAUUAUGAAAUAGUGUUUGAGUGUUAAAUGAUAAACAAAAUUAUAAAGAAAUGUUUUCAAUCAAGCAGAAAAUACAUCAAGUAGAAAGAAAACAAGAUUGUGUAAAAAUGUUAAAAGUUAAAAUGUAUUUUAAGAAAUUCUAUUCAUUUUCUUCUCUAAGAUUUGAAAUGGUAUUGCCAUGAUGUCUUAAGGAACAGAUUCCCUUUAGGCUACACCAAUUUGAUUUAUUGAUUCUUGGAUUUUUUUCAGAAAAAAUAUAAAAGGGC